GGCUUUGUGUGCGGCCGCAAUCUUUGUCUCAGUCAGCGUACAAGCUUCUAAGCAAACAGUCCAAGCCGGCCGACGAGUGGCACAGAUUUAGCCAGUUAGCCAGUUAGCCAGUUUAGCAUAUUGGCUCGGGCACACGCGACGUAUGCGUGAUUGCAGAGGCCCGCUGUCAGCUUGACCAGCUGACGCUGUCCUGUGUCCCACUUUCAAAAGGCAUGCAUUAUAAAGUCGAACCAACGUUGAACUGUGUCAAUAAACUCGAGUGGCAUUUGACGUGAAUUGACCAGCAGGCUGAAGCCCUGUUAGUGUGUGUGUCAGUGUGUGUGUGUGAGUGCAUACAUUUGCCUGUCUUUCCCUAUAGCAAACAUUCCUCAACAAGAGUCAGCGCAUAGCUAUUUUUAGGCACAGCGCAACGCAAGACUCCAAGACUCUCAUAGACGAUUGUGCGUGACUCACCGCUGAGCUUAAGCCGGGUCUACACUCCAAACCAAGCAGCUGUGCCGCGUCAUCGUCAGCGCCGAUUCCCUCGCCGACUGCUGCUGCCCACACCAGCCUCCGUUGAGACUCAGCUUUGAGAGAGACAGAGAGAGAGGGAGAACAGGCUUUAUUUGGUGAUGGCGUCACAAGAUGCCUCUAAUUACCCAACCUCAAGGCUGGCACAAAUGCGGAUGCGCUUCCAGCAGAAAACACAGGAGGAGCAGGAGCAGCGUCGCCAGGAACUGAACCAGGCUGUUACUGCGUCGCCCAGGGCCGCCACCAGCCGCCUCAUAGGCAAUGGCAAAGUGCGUCAGAUGUUUGACGAGAGACGCCGUGGUGCCGGCAUUGAUCGCAGCAAUCCGCUCAAGCCCAUUGGGGACUCCACGCGCACACACAGCCUGCAGCAGCAGCAGCCACAGCAACUGCAGCACCAGCAGCACCAGAUUACCAAAGGCCUUUCCACAAUGAGCCUCAAAGAGAAGCCAGUCUCUGGCCGAAAUUUGACCAGUGACAGUAACAACAACAACAACAGCAGCAGCAGCAACAACAAGAGCAACAACAACAACAACAAAUAUAGUGCUGCAGGCACACUGACACAUGCAAAUCGUUUGAAGCCAGUGAUAACACGCAAGACGCCACCCAAGAAGGAGAAGGAGAUGCCAAUGCGCGCAAAUUCCUCGCCCCCAAGCAGCGCCAGGGUCAAGACCUUUAGAUCCACAGCAGCCACAGCAACAACAAGAACAGCAACAGCGACCGCAACCACACCGACAAUGCAAGCUGCUCGCUCGCCCAACGCACGGGCUCCACUGUCGGGGAGGGGACGCGUUUCAGCGCCAAAGGGGCGUCAGGUUAAACCUAAAUCUCCAGUUACCAAAAUUCAAAUGGAUGCUGCUCCUCCAGAAGGUACAAAAACGUGCCGCUUUUGCGGCCGUCACUUCAACAUCGAUCGCCUGGCCAAGCACGAGGAUGUGUGCCAGCGAACCAUGAACACGAAGCGCAAGAUCUUCGAUGCCGCCAAGCAGCGUGUGAAGGGCACAGACAACGAGAAGUACAACAAGGGGCAGCAGAAGUCGAACCUGAGUCGUUCACAGUCCACAUAUAGCAGUGCCGCCCAGCAGAAGGGCCUCAAGACUGGCGUUAAGAAGAGCAACUGGCGCAAGAAGCACGAGGAAUUCAUUGAGGCCAUACGGGCUGCCAAAAAGGUGCAGGCCCAUUUGGCACGUGGCGGCAAACUCAGUGAUUUGCCGCCGCCGCCGCCUUCAGAGAAUCCCGAUUACAUCCAGUGCCCGCAUUGCGGCAGACGUUUCAAUGAGCAGGCCGCCGAGCGCCAUAUUCCCCGCUGUGCCACAAUGGAGCACAACAAGCCGCGCAAGAACCCGCCACAGCCGCCAGUAAGGAAUCGUUAACUAGAUUUUGGACAUUGACUUAUGCCCGUUUAUUACAUGUGAUAAAGGAUUCGAUGAAUAUAUAACAGCAUAAAAAUAA